AUGUUAGGUCAAUAUUUUUCAAGUAGACAUGAAUGGGAAAACCAAGACAACAAUCCCCUCCCUAAAGAGUUUGAAGUAGAUGAAGUUGGUGCCACCUCUGCCCCAUUAUUAUCAGCAUCAUAUUUUAUUGGCGCUAGAUGUAGACCUUAUAAUGAUGAUUUCCUCAAAUGUAAAGAUGAAAAUAAUGGUGGUACGAUAGAAUGUUUAAAAGAAGGAAGAAGAGUUACUAGAUGUGCUGUUUCCGUUUUAACUGAUUUAAACAAGCAUUGUUUUGAUUCCUUCAAGUUGCAUUAUGAAUGUUUAGAACAAAAUAAUCAUCAUUUAGGUCAUUGUAGAUCAUCAGAAAAAAUUUUCAAUGCCUGUGUUUUCCAAAACUUAAAGUUAUCUAAGGAAAUCCCAGGUGUUGCCAAAGAUAAACAAAUUCAUCUUAAUGAAAAUCCAAUCUAUCAAGGUACUUCAAACGAUAAAAAAUUGUCAAGUGAUUUUUUAAAGGUUCAUGAAAAGAAUUAG